GUCCGCACAGAGCAGUGCGCCAAGCCAACCUGGCCUUACUGUCUUGUCAUUUCAAGAACAUAACGAAAUAUUAGCUUAAAUACUAAAGGACGCUCGAGAGGCACGCUAAACUCUAGGCUAUACUCUUUCUACGCACAAAGUCAAAUUUAACUUUUUCACACAAAAGAUGGAGCUGUCGGAUAUUCCGUUCCCCAUCCCCUCGGCCGAUGAUUUCUAUGAUGACCCCUGCUUCAACACCAGCGACAUGCAUUUCUUUGAAGACCUGGAUCCCAGACUAGUGCACGUCAGCUUGCUCAAGUCGGACGAACAUAACCACUUGGAGGACGAACACAUCCGGGCGCCGAGCGGGCACCACCAAGCAGGCAGGUGUCUCCUGUGGGCGUGUAAAGCAUGCAAAAGGAAAACCACCAACGCGGACCGGCGCAAAGCCGCAACUAUGAGAGAGAGGAGACGCCUGAGCAAGGUCAACGAUGCUUUCGAAACCCUGAAGAGGUGCACGUCCACUAACCCUAACCAGAGGCUGCCAAAAGUGGAGAUCCUGAGAAACGCCAUCAGUUACAUCGAGUCUCUCCAAGCCUUGCUCAGAAGUCAAGAGGAGAACUACUACCCGGUUUUAGAGCAAUACAGUGGCGAUUCAGACGCCUCCAGUCCCAGGUCCAACUGCUCAGAUGGCAUGAUGGAUUUUAAUGGCCCUGCUCGCCCGUCCGGCAGACGAAACAGCUAUGACAACUCGUACUUCAAUGAAACUCCAAAUGGUGAUGUAAGGAGUAAUAAGAACCCAGUGGUGUCGAGUUUGGACUGUCUGUCCAGUAUCGUGGAGCGGAUCUCCACCGAGUCUCCCGCCGCCGCCUCCUCGCUCUCUGCGCCCGACCUGUGUGAGGGGGUCUCCGGCUCUCCGUCAGAGACAAGCGUGCCUUCCCCUAACACCUGCAGCCCGUCCGGCCCGAGCCACGACCCUAUCUAUCAAGUGCUCUGAACAGAAGGGGGGAUACACAUCCAUACACACAUGCAAAGCAUUUCAGAGAACGUGAGGGACGGUGUAAACCCGUUACUACUAAUGAGGACUACUACUCCUGUCAUGGACUGAGAGAAAAAAACACCACCAAACUGUUCAAGAAGUUGGUGAACAGAAGAAAAUCCUUUAGAUUUUUCUUUCUUUCUUUCUUUCUUUUUCUUUCUUUCUUUCUUUCUAGAAAAUGUCAAAUUCCAUUAUGAUCGUGGCUCUACAGAAGUCAGUUUCUUAACUAACUCUCUUAUUUAUAUAAAAAUGUCAAUGUUCCCAUAUGUGACCAUAUUUUUCCCUUUCUUUUUAUGAGACUACGUUCUGUCACAUUCAUCUUGUAUUAUUUCCUAAUUAUUUACGGAGAAUAACCACUGCAGAUAUGAAGAUUAGAGGACCACUUUUGUACAUGUGUAUAUAAGAGCUGUUUUGUUAAAACCACGGAAAACCGAACAAACAUAAUUGUGUAUUUAAUAUUGCUUGUUUGAGACGUUUGUUGUGUCCAGUGUUGAACUUUAUAUUUAUACAUCUUCAACGAGUGAAUGUCGAAUAAAUAAAAAUAUGAA